CUUAUCGUAAGAAACAUGGUUUCCGACUUGUUUUGACGAGGGCCUGGUUCUUGGCUCUUGCAACCUACUAGUGGGUCGUCUGUGGCGAAGCCCUUCAACCCCCCAACAUUAUAAUCUUUUCUUUAUAAAUGUUCAUUCGGAGUACUUUAAGAUUUUGUCGGAAUGGAAAGAUCAUACGGGGACCAAGAGUAGACGUCCAAAGGCCUUUUAGAAGUUCAGUCUGGUGUCUGUCGUCUCUGGUCGUCCGAGGGAAGCCCUUUGUGAAAAAUUACUCGAAGCUUUUUCACUUUACUUCGACUCUCGGCAUCUUUACCGCCACUAGAGGGUUGAGCUUGUCCAGCAUGGGGAUUAAGGAUUAUGCAGAUGAUGUCAUCAAGUCCGAUGAGGACCAGCGGCAAUAUCGCGCUCUCAUCCUUGAUAAUGAUUUGAAGGUUCUUUUGAUAUCAGACUCAACAACUGACAAAUCUGCAGCUGCUAUUGAUGUUCAUAUUGGUAGUAUGUCAGAUCCUCGUGAGCUCCCAGGUUUGGCUCAUUUUUGUGAACACAUGCUCUUCAUGGGAACAGAGAAGUAUCCUUGUGAAAAUGAAUAUAACAAAUAUUUAAAUGAGCAUGGUGGCUCCAGUAAUGCCUACACUGCAGCUGAUCACACCAAUUACUACUUUGAUGUGGCUCCAGAUGCCUUUCCAGGAGCUUUAGACAGAUUUGCCCAAUUUUAUGUAUCCCCAUUGUUUACGGAGAGUGGAGUUGAUCGUGAGGUGAAUGCUGUCAACUCUGAGCAUGAAAAGAAUGUCCAGAAUGAUUACUGGCGACUUGCUCAACUUGAAAAGUCUACAGCAGACCCUUCACAUGACUUUAGUAAAUUUGGGACAGGUAAUAAAGACACUUUGGAUUCACUCCCAAAGGAGAAAGGAAUAAAUGUUCGUGAUCAUCUCUUGGAGUUUCACAACAAGUGGUACUCCUCUAAUAUCAUGUCUUUAGUCAUCCUUGGAAAAGAAAGUUUAGAUGAACUGCAAGGCAUGGUGAUUGAUCUUUUCUCUGGGGUUGUAAAUAAGAAUGUCACAGUACCAGAGUGGACAACGCACCCUUUUGGCCCAGAUCAGUGUCGGAAGUUAGGCCAUGUUGUGCCUGUUAAAGACAUCAGAAAUCUUUACAUCACAUUCCCUAUACCAGACCUACAUCCUCAUUACAAAACUGCACCUGGUCAUUAUCUGGGCCACCUGAGUCACGAAGGUCCUGGUUCAUUACUUUCUUACCAAGGCUGUGGUUGGGUUAAUUCUUUAGUUGGCGGACAGAAGUCAGGAGCAAAAGGUUUUGCAUUCUUUGUAGUGAAUGUGGACUUAACAGAGGAAGGCAUUGAGCAUGUAGAGGACAUAGUCACAGCUGUGUUUCAGUAUUUGAAUUUACUGAAGAAUCAAGGACCUCAAGAAUGGGUUUUUAAUGAAUGCAGAGACUUGAGUGCAAUGAACUUCCGAUUCAAAGAUAAAGAACGUCCUCAGUCCUAUGUUUGUGGGUUGGCAGAGCAGCUCCAUUACUAUCCCUUGAAAGAGGUGUUGUGUGGUGGCUAUCUUCUGUCUGAGUAUAAACCAGAAUUGAUUGAAAAAGUUCUUGAUUGCCUCACUCCUAGUAAUAUUAGGAUUGCUGUGGUUGGCAGGUCGUGGCAGUAAGUAACCGGAAAAGGAAGAAAGUAUGGAACUGAAUAUAAGAUGGAUAAUCUUUCUAAAGAGCAGUUGGAUCUCUGGGAAUCUGCUGGCUCUAAUGAUCUUCUUCACCUUCCUAACAAGAAUGAGUUUGUUCCAUCAUCAUUUGAUUUGUUGAAGGAAGAAAAGGGAAUUAGCAGUUUACCAGAAAUGGUUAUGGAAUGUCCUUUGGCAAGGUUAUGGUACAAGCAAGAUGACGAAUUCAAAUUGCCAAAAGCUGUUGUAUAUAUGGAACUUUUUAGUCCUUUGGCAUACUUUGAUCCACAUCACACAAACCUGUUGCACAUGUUUGCGCAGUUAUUCCGGGAUGCUCUAACAGAGUACACCUACGCUGCAGAACUAGCAGGACUCACAUACUCCCUUUGCAACACAAGAAUGCUUUCAGUUAAAGGCUACAAUGAUAAGCUACAUGUCUUGCUGGAAAAGAUACUAGAGCGCAUGACUUCUUUCGAAGUGGACCCAAAACGUUUUGAAAUUCUUAAGGAUGCUUAUGUACGAUCACUACGGAACUUUGACGCUGACCAGCCUCACAUGCAUUUAGUGUACUACACAUCUCUCCUCCUUGGAGAACAUGGUUGGACCAAGCAAGAAUUGUUGCAAGCUACAGAGGAACUAACUGUACCAAGCUUGGAAUCUUUUAUCCAUCGAUUCCUCUCUGGCCUUCACCUUGAAAUGCUUAUUCAUGGAAACAUGUCAAAGGAAGCUGCUUGUAAUCUUGCUGCUGCUGUUCAAGAUAAUUUAACAAAAAGAUCCCAUACUCGAUCACUGCUCCCAUCUCAGCUUAUAAGACAACGAGAAUAUCAACUUACGGAUGAAUCCAGUUAUGUAUACAAAGCUGAAAAUCGUAUUCAUCGGAGCUCUGCAGUGGAGACUUACUUUCAGUGUGGUGUUCAGGGAACCCAUCAGAAUAUGCUGCUAGAGCUUUUAUGCCAAAUAAUUUUUGAACCUGCCUUUGAUGAAUUGAGAACAAAGGAACAGCUAGGGUACAUUGUGUGGUCUGGAGUUCGUAGAGCAAAUGGAACUCAAGGUCUUCGUGUUAUUGUUCAAGGCGAUCGUCACCCUCAGUAUCUAGAUUCUAGAAUAGAAGCCUUUCUUCAUAAAAUUGGGGAGCGUUUAGAGAGUAUGAGUGAAGAGGAUUUCGUUCGCCACCGAGAAGCUCUAGCUAGUCGGCGUCUAGAGCGGCCCAAGAAGUUGUCACACCUCACAGCCACAUGGUGGGCAGAAAUUAUAAAUAAUCAGUACAAUUUUGACAGAGAUGUGAUUGAAGUUGGACAUUUGAAAACCUUAAAGAAACAGGAUGUUAUUGAUUUUUACAAGUUAUGGAUUGCAAGUAUUGCACCUCAGCGCAGAAAGCUAGCCGUCCACGUCCUAUCUGUUGCAGCAGGUGGAGCAGGAGACCCUGAAGCACCUAGUUCAGAAACCACACAGCCUGAUGAUGGUCUAUCCCUUCCACCACCACUUAAGGAGUGUGAAACCAUUGCAGACAUUCCAGCCUUCAAACAAAGUCUGGCUCUCUAUCCUCUCAUGCAGCCAUACAUCACUAUUGCCAAGACUUCUAAAUCGAAAUUGUAACAUUUUCUGCUGCAAAUUGUGAACUUUGAUGUAAGUAACUGUAGGAAUUAUGUAUUUACAUAUAAAGGUAGGUUAUGUGUUUCAUAAGGAGUUCCUGUAGCUGGGCUUUUGCAGAUAUGUAUGCUGCAUAUCGGAGGAAAAAGGAAAGUCGAAUGAAGACAUUUUUAUAUGUUAAUAUUUACACUUGUUGCUUCUUUCCUUUAUGGGGAUAGAGUUUGGAGUGAAAAUACAAUUACAGCACUGUGAUCACAUAGGUUUAUAUGAAAAAUAUAUGUAUAGUUUGAUACUAUUAGGUUAUUAAUGUAAACAUUAUUUGCGAUCAUAGUGAGGUAUAAGGAAAUUUAGUUAAGUAAUUGUAUAUCUGGAGUUUGUAAAUUCUUACCAUGCUAAAGCACAUAGCUUAACUUAUGUAAGACUUGUUUGGGGAUGAGGUUAUCCAUGUUAUCUUUUGCUAGCAAGUCUCAAUAAAGAGCUGGGUUUAGUUUUCUUUGAAACAAUUCCAAGAGAAAACAAGCCAUCAAGUGGUCGAAUCCAUUUUUCUUUGUAGUACACUGAACUACAGGGUAAUGUGAAUUGAGGAGAUUGUUUUGAGUUCAUGAAUGGUAGGAAGAUUGUGUCUGCGACAGUGACCUUUAAUGAGAGUAAUAUAUAAGUUACAAUUAAGGCAACAUUGAAUGUUGGAGCAUUGUUUAAAUCUCAAGUUGAGUGAAAUUCUCAUAGUUAAUGCUUGCUUGUGUAAUGUUUCUUGACUUGUAAUAGUUUUGGCGCUGAGUAGCCUCCGUGGCCCUAGGAUUGGGACAUAUUGCCCAAAUUUCUUGAACUUUUAUUAAUUCAUAAAUUUAUUGGUGACAUGGGCGGUGGAAAUAAGAAAGGCAUGCAGUUUUCCUUUUUCAGAUACAGAUAUCUUGUUCAGGGUGCCAGAAUGAAACGGCAGGAAGUAUCUCAACCUAGCCUUGUCUCGAUCACUGAUUUAUACGUUACUCUUGUAAGUCAGGUUUUGCAUUAUUUUGAAAUAAUGUCUAGAGAAGGGCACCUUACUGAAAAAUUUACAACAUUAAUGGUUAUAUCCGUUAACUGCUUCAUUUAAAUGGUGCAGAAGUAAAAUAUUGUAUCUGUUGCUCAUAAAUGAGUUCCAUUUUGGAUCUGAGUUUAUCAUAAUUUCUCAGUUUGAUAGCGUUCCAUUAAAGCUGUGGCAUCUAACCUUUAUUAACAUGAGUUAUAUUUUACAAAGUUUUUCAGUAUAGAACAUGGCGAUAACACAAAAUUUUUCUAUAUUAUGACCAAAUUUUAAGUAGCAUACAUUCAUGUAGUAUGCAUUCAUAUUUGUGAACUAAAUUUCAAAUAUGACGUGAACUUAUAAUCAUUAUUGACAGCAAACCAUUUAAUGGUUUUUGUUGUAACUUUGAAGAUCCUUUUUCUGUUUAUGAUCCUUUUUGCUUGUUCGUUUUUAAGCUUUGCCUGUGAAAUUGUCGAAAUUCUCAAUGAGUAAAGUCUCCAAAACAGUAUUAUAAAUAGGCUACUAGGAAAUCCUGUACAUAGUAAUUGUUUUGCAGCUAUGUAGCAAACAGCAAUAGUCUUCAAAACUGAAUAACAGAGUCCUUUAGAAUGGGGUUAAUGGUAUUGACGUCUGGGACGUCUGGGGACGACCACUAAAAUGUCUUAGCAGAAAGUGCCCAUCAAUCAGUAUUCCACCACUAAAUAUUUAGGAUGUUCAAAUCUCAGGAUAACAUUCAAAUUAGCAUAAUAUGAUAUGUCGUUUAAAAUAGAUUGAUACAUUAUAUUGCAUGAUUUGAGAAAAUGUUUUCAACCUAGUUUGCAUGAGGCUGCCAUCUACAAUGUCACCUUCAAUUUUGCUGACAUUUUUCUUGUUGCCAAAGUAAGAUACUAGAAAUUUCAUCAUUUUGUCAAAAAAUCAAACUAGUAGUCACAUGCAAUAAUUAUAUGGCAUUUACUCACUAAUAGGCUUAGGGUAUAGAGUACCAAAUUACACACAGUCUAACCUAAAUGCAGUUACAUGUUUGGUUAGCUCAGACAUUUUGGUCUGAACUACCAAUGAGAGAGAGAGAGAGAGAGAGAGAGAGAGAGAGAGAGAGAGAGAGAGAGAGAGAGAGAGAGAGAGAGAGAUACCAUUAAUGAGUUACCAUUAAUGAGUUACACAUGCAGAGUAGAUGAAAGUUAAAUCCACAGUCCAUGUAGCUACAGAUUAGCCUAGCCUACUUUUAUUAGUAGACACUCUUACUAUAUACCUGUACAUACAGUAAUGGAAUUUAAAAACCGUUAUAUAUUACAGGUAUACUGUUACACUUGUGGGUUAAAUGGUUCUGACAAUAGUAAACAUUUGUGUAUAUUCAGUUAUAAUGAAGUUUAUUUACUCAAAUAAUGUAAUGCCACAGUUUAAAGUUAAGUUUCACAAUUAAAAUGGUACAUUCUCGAUGUAGUAGUACAGCAAUUUAUUUUUAUUUAGUUAUUUUUAUUUUGUUUCAUUAUAUAUAUAUGUAUUUGAUUUAUUUUUACUAGUUAAGAGAUGUGAUAGGAAGCACAAUUCCACACAUACAUUUGGUUGAAAAGUUAAGUGCUAUGUACAUUUAUUCUAAAUGAUUAUUCAUUAUUACAUUGUCCUUGUUUUACUGAUUUUUAGUUGCAUAUGCCUAUCUUAGAAUUUAAAUUAUUAAUGCAAUAUUUUGGUGCUUGUAAAUUGUGGUUUAGGCUAAUGUUGUGAUGCAUAACAUAGCCAUAGAAAAUCUGUACUCAAACUACAGGAGCAGUGAAGUAUAAAAAGGGUCAAAUAUUCUCAUUCACAUGUAGUUUCAGGCUAAUGUAUUUUUUAUUACUGUACAGUAUUUUAUAAACAUUAUUGCAGCAUAGCAUAUGAUUUAUUUAAUAUUUGCUAUGGGAUGUGUCCUUAAAUCAUUAGCUGUUAUUAGUCGUUAAAGCAUAAUACAUAUGCAAUAGGGAUUUUGGUCUAGUUUGGGACAAAAAAGAGAAAUUCUGUAAAUAUCUCCAUAGCUAUGAAAUUUGAAACUAAUUUUUUGACUAAAUUUGGUAGAAUUAGUACAUUGCUUUUCUACAUUUAACAGGUAAUCAUUUCAGCAAUAGGAGACAUUUUUAAUUAUUUGUUAAUAAAGUAGUUGGUGAAAAAGUAGUGGCUGGCAGCUCUUUGACAGAAUUAUUUUUUAACAUGAGUGCCAUACCAUCUAGUUUGCUGAACAAAUAGUUGCUGGAAUAAUGGAAUUGUACUCUGUGAAGGAUUUGUUUUCUGUACAUGUCGUAUUUCAUAUCUCUAAAAGGUGUGCUAAUUUUGUAAACAUAAAACGUGGACUUGCCUUUCAUUAUUAAAAUUUUGUUAAGUUUCAUUUCAUCUUGUAGACUUUUCAAUGGCCAGGAUUAUCAUUGUGAUAUUAAUAUCACUGAAUAUUACUGUAAAGAGCAUAUCACUCUUGAAUUUAUAACACUAGUAAAUGCCAGGUAUGUUUAUACAUUGUAAUAAGAAUAAUAGUUAUCCAUUGUAAUAAAAAUAAUAGUUCACAAAGCCAUAGAGGCCAUGGGUUAGGAACUACUGAAUUAAAAUGCAGUGUAUUAGAAAAGUUGUAAGAAAAUCUUGUACUUGGCAAAUUGUUGGAUUGGUCUGAGACUCUUUAGUCUUCUCUGUAUACUGUAUGGUAUCUACAGUACCAUGCUCCAAUAAGCAUUCAAGCAUAAUUCUGCAUGGUUUUGAAAUUAUUGCCUGUUAUUAGACUUGUGUCAAUGCGAAGGUGUUUUUCAUGGUAGAAAUAGCAAUUUGACAGAAAGUUACAUGUUGGCUUUAUAAGUUGCAUGUUGAUUUUUUAAAAUCGGUGCUUAUUAGUAUACCGAAAUGUGAAUAUCUUGAAUUUUAUCUUUCCGAGCAUAAUUAUUUAUGUCAAGCAGUUAGCCUUUAGAAUAUUUCAAUAGGCUAAAAGGAUACUAUGGGAAGAUUAUACAAAACAAAUAGGCUUUGAUUCACAAAUGGUUUCAAGACACGAGACCUUUAUUAUCAAAAGAGCUUUCAUAUACUUAGAGUAUUGUGUACGCAUUGACAAAAGUUUUAUAAGACAAAAAUUUUGCUAAUGUUUAAAUAUAACUGUUUAAUAUUCCUAAUAACAUUUGUUGUACAUACAUUACAGGUAUAUAUUUUUCUGUCACAGAAACAUUACAGUGCUCACUAAACAAAAUUUUCAUACAAUCAACUUACCUGUCAGAUAUAUACAUAGCUAAGACUCUGUCGUCCCUAUGUAUAUAUCUGCCAGGUAAGUAUGUAUGAAACUUUAUUGUAACAUAACAAUAUCAUAUUUUAACUCUUCUAGAAUGAAUAAUGGUGACUCAUUAUGAGCAAAUUGCAUCUUACUUCUCAUGUUGUAUUGAAACUGGGUAAACUCAUGCCAUUAACUAAAACAAAAUAAAAGUAGCUAUAUUAGGAAAGUGAUACUGUGCAGCUGUUGUUGGAAGUAGAGGAGAAAAAUAUGUUCAGUAUUAAUUUUAUGAGGAAAUGAAAUUAAACUAUGGUUACUUCUCAUACUUUUAAUUUUUCUCUGUAAAAAGGAUGUGAAUAUAUUUGAUGCACAAGUAAAUUAACAAAAAAAUAGGCCAUGUAUAAUAUUUGCUCUUAGGUUGCCACAGUUCUGGGAUUUAAAGUUGGUGAAGUAGUUUUGUUAAGUUUAUGUUUAGUUAAAGAUGGCAGACAAGUAAUAAUUUUACUCUUUUCAUAACUCAUAUGGUUUGUUAUAAGUCCUUGUAAAGGUCCCUUGAAGAUUAGCAUUACAGGACAUUAUCCUAAGUAUUAAUAGUUAAUUGUCUUUUGUGGCAGGUAUGUAGCGGUGUUUUGGUACUACUGUAUAAGGUGUUGCCAUUAUUUUUAAUGGAAAGUGUUGUUGCAUAAUGACCUUUAAACCUAGCAUCUUGUUGUACUGGACUACCAUGCAAAAGUGUUAAUUGCACAGUACUUGAGUAUGCAGGUCAGUGAACUAUUGUACCUUCAUGUUUCUGAGUAUUGUCAUUCAUGGAUAGCCUCUUGUCAGGAGUAAAUUACAGUAGUACUCUUAAUUAUUGUUUGUCACCCAUUAUGGCAGUGGGUAGACUAUGAUUGUUAAUGUGCAGCAUCUGCACUUUUAUGAAGCUUUAUCUAUCAUUCGUUGACUAUGGUUCUUUUAUCUAUCCCACAUUGACAUAUCUUUUAUCUAUCCCAAAUUGACAUAAAAUAUAUAGUACAGCUUCUUGGGGAAUGAAUAGAUCACACCUCACUUAUAGUCUAAUUAGCAAGUAAAAUUCCUGCCAAAGGUAAAGUGACCUUUGUUGAGUGAGUUUAAACAAAUUAAUAUAUGUGCUGUGUAAGACUAACUUUGCAACGAGUUUGCAUUGGCUUUCACUUUUAAAACAUUGCUACUAACACACCAUUCAAUUCAAUACUAUUGUUGCAUAAAAAUAGGUUGCCAUUUUUAUUUGUAUAUAUAUUUCAUAGUAUAUAUGCAAAAGACAAGACUUACAGAAUAUAAAUUUAUUUUGUUAACAGCAUUCAAAUAUUUAUUGUUAAAGGAAGAAGAUUUUUCUGCUGCCUUGUUGAUUAAAAAUUCAGUGUCCUCAGCAAUUAUUAUUAUUGUUAUUAUUAUUAUUAGUUGUGGUUAGUUUUAUUUCCCUUUUAAAGAAAUUACCCUUAAUAAUGGUUACUUUGACAAGAAAUGUUCCUUAUCACCUGCAAUGCUUUAGCCCAAAAUAAAGUAUGUAUAGAUAAU